AUGACGGCGGCGGCGGCGGCGAAGGCGGUGCACCUCCUCUGCUUCGCCACCUCCUGGGGCGUCACCGUCUGGGCCAUCCUCGUCGGCGGCGUCAUCAUGUUCCUGAACUUGCCGAGGCACGCGAUGGGCAGGCUGCGGGGGAAGGUGUUCCCGGCGUGCUUCGCGCUCAACGCGGCGUGCACGGCGGCCUCCGCGGCGGCGUUCGCGUGGCUCCACCGCCCGCCGUGGCCGCCGGCCGAGCGCCGGCAGCUCGCGGUCCUCCUCGUCGCCGCUGGGUACGACCUCGCCAACCUGCUUAUCUUCACCCCUAGGACACUCGAGGCGAUGCGUGAAAGGCACAAAGUGGAGAGAAGCCUCGGCAUCGGCGGCGACGGCUCGUUCGUCGGCUGGCGGCAGAAUGCUCGGGCAGCAAGGAGCAGCAGCACCCUCGCCGCCGAGAAUGCGAGGUUCUGGGUGGCGCACAGCUUCUCGGCGGUGGCCCUCGUCAUCUCGGCGGCUGGGCUCUUCUCGCAUUUCUGCUACCUCUCCGGGAAGAUAGUGAUAUGA